AUGCAUUUUUGUAAAAACAAAAAUGUGUUGCAUGUUGGAUGUUCAGUUGUUCUGCUGAUCCUGCCUUCUGUCUAUAAGCAGAUCUUGGCUCUGGCAGAUAUUUCCUGCAGCUCUCUGGCAGCCGGACGCUUCCUCAGCAGAGCGGCUGCUGGCAGAGCAACAUCUGAACAGGUCAUGAAGCCUCAGGAGGCCGAGCUCGUCUCUGAGAUCUCAAAGCUGCAGGGCAUGGUGUCGGAGCUGAAGUCGGGCUUCAGCGGCGCCCUGAUGGAGCUCAGUCAGAUCCAGCAUGGAGACAGCGACCUGAGGGAGGAGCUGCAGGAGAACCGGAGGAGCUGCAGGAAGAAGGCUCUGCGUGUGGAGGCGCUGGUGGAGGCUCUGAGGGAGGAGCUGGGGGUGAUGAGCGGUCAGAUCCUCCAGCUCUACAGACAGAAACCUCUGCAGGAAGACAAGAGCGCCACAGCCAAGAGCGGUGAUGUGUGUGAGCGCAGGACGCAGUGUGUGUGUGCUGCGUCGUGUGUGUCCCGGGGGAAGCUGCUGCUGCACUGCUUCCUGCAGGGACUCAAAGCCGGACUGAAUGAGGGCACUGACGCUCGUCAUCAGGUGGCGAUGCAGCUGCUCCACUCAGAGUGGGAAUACGUGUCGACGUUAAACCAGCUGCACGACAAAUACAGGAAGCCCCCGGACCACCUUAUGACUCUGGAGCCAUAUCAGACGUUUGUGAGUUUUGUGGAGCAGCUGCUGCAGAGACACCUGCUCUUCAGGAACACCCUGCAGGAGAGACUGUCUGCAGAACACUGGAAGUCUCUGAUCGGAGACAUCGUGGUGCAGCUCAUCGGACAGAACGACACGGCGUUCUCAGAGAUGUACCUCGGAUACACAACCACGCUCGCCUCCUUCCUCUCGCUGGAGUUCAACAGGAUCAACGUCUCUGAGAAGAAGCAGAGCGGUCAGGAGGAGAUGAAGCUCCUCUCUCUGCUGCUCGCUCCCCGUCUCCAGAAUCCACGCCUACCUGAGCCACAUCCAGAGCCUGCUGCAGUGGACGAGGCCGGAGCACCCUGACUGCAGUCUGCUGCUGGGAGCAGAGCGCGCGCUGAGAAGCGUUCUGACUCGCUGCCAUCAGAUCCUGCAGGAGGACGUCCAAUGGGAGGAGGCCGGGGGUCAGAGUGAUGCAGAGUCCGCAGGAUGCUCUGAAGGCUGCAGGAGACAACAGACUGCAGACAGCAGCUCAGUGAGGAG